CCCCUCUCCCUGGGAGGGGGUUUGGUCCUUUGCUGGCCGUCCUCCGCCGCCAUGGGCUCGGAAAUGGAGCCGCUGUUCCUGGCCUGGAGCUAUUUUAGGCGCAGGAAGUUCCAGCUCUGCGCUGAUCUGUGCACGCAGAUGCUGGAGAAGUCCCCUUAUGACCAGGCAGUUUGGAUUUUAAAGGCACGAGCACUAACUGAAAUGGUAUACAUAGAUGAAAUUGAUGUAGAUCAGGAAGGAAUUGCAGAAAUGAUGUUGGAUGAAAAUGCUAUUGCUCAAGUUCCACGCCCUGGAACAUCUUUGAAACUCCCUGGACCUAAUCAGACGGGAGGGCCUAGUCCAGCUGUCAGGCCAGUCACUCAAGCUGGAAGACCCAUUACAGGUUUCCUUAGACCCAGCACACAAAGUGCAAGGCCAGGCACUAUGGAGCAGGCCAUCAGAACACCCAGAACCACCUACACAGCUCGCCCCAUCACCAGCUCGUCUGGAAGAUUUGUCAGGCGGGGAACGGCUUCCAUGCUUACAAGUCCUGAUGGACCUUUUAUAAAUUUAUCUAGACUGAAUUUAACAAAAUAUGCCCAGAAACCUAAAUUGGCAAAGGCUUUGUUUGAAUAUAUCUUUCAUCAUGAAAAUGAUGUUAAGACUAUUCAUUUUGAGGAUGUCACUCUGCAUCUUGGCAUUUACAUAAUGUUGUUGAGGAAUAGGACAUACAUAGAAAAAAAUGCUUUGGAUUUGGCUGCCCUUUCUACAGAGCAUGCUCAGUAUAAGGACUGGUGGUGGAAAGUACAGAUUGGAAAAUGUUACUACAGGUUAGGAAUGUAUCGUGAAGCAGAAAAACAGUUUAAAUCAGCCCUGAAGCAGCAGGAAAUGGUAGAUACGUUUCUCUACUUGGCAAAAGUUUACAUUUCAUUGGAUCAGCCUCUGACUGCUUUAAAUCUUUUCAAACAAGGCUUAGAAAAGUUUCCAGGAGAAGUAACCCUACUUUGUGGAAUUGCCAGGAUCUAUGAGGAAAUGAACAAUAUUUCAUCAGCAUCCGAUUACUACAAAGAAGUUUUGAAACAGGACAAUACUCACGUGGAAGCCAUUGCAUGCGUUGGAAGCAACCACUUUUAUUCUGAUCAGCCAGAAAUAGCUCUCCGGUUUUACAGGCGCCUUCUGCAGAUGGGUGUUUAUAACUGCCAGCUUUUUAACAAUCUGGGGCUCUGUUGCUUCUAUGCCCAGCAGUAUGAUAUGACUCUGACCUCGUUUGAACGUGCCCUGUCUCUGACUGAGAAUGAAGAAGAGGCCGCUGAUGUCUGGUACAACUUGGGACACGUAGCUGUGGGAAUAGGAGAUACAAAUUUGGCCCAUCAGUGCUUCAGGCUGGCUCUGGUCAACAACAAUAAUCACGCCGAGGCCUACAACAACCUGGCUGUGCUGGAGAUGCAGAAGGGCCAUGUUGAACAGGCAAGGGCACUGUUACAAACUGCGUCAUCUUUAGCCCCCCAUAUGUACGAGCCGCAUUUUAAUUUUGCAGUAGUCUCUGAUAAGAUUGGGGAUCUACAGAGAAGCUAUGUUGCUGCUCAGAAGUCUGAAGCAGCAUUUCCAGAUCAUGUGGAUACCCAACAUUUAAUUAAACAGUUAAAGCAGCAUUUUGCCAUGCUCUGAAUGUUCCUUGGACCAAAUAUAUUCUAAUGCGGGGACAUUAUAUGAAGGAAAAAGUAGUGUGUGUAUAUAUAUGUGUAUAUAUAUAUAUAUAUAUGUAAUACAAACCUGUGCUUGAUAUUAGUGAAGAUGACAUAAGAGAAUUUAAACCAGAAUGUAUAAUGAAUUCUUGAUAAUAAUAGUAAUUUUGUAAGAUAAUAUUAUAAAAUACAAGAUUUAAGGGUUUGUAAGUAGAUCAUGAAACCUUCUCCCACAUUGUAUGCUAAAGGUUUGCUUAUAAUAUUUACAAAGCAUUUUCAUGAAUUUCCUCAAAUAUUUAUAAAUGCACAUCUUUAAUGUCCUUAAGGUGGCUGUUAGCUAUCAUGUACUUAAGAGGUCUGACAUCUGCCUUUAAAACUGCACUUUUGUGGUUAAAAGUGUGUAUAUUUUUCCUAAGUAGAGACUUUAUUUAGAAAUUAAAAAUUGUAUUUAAAAUUGUUUUUCUUCUACUCUGCUUUUGAGUCCCUCUAGUAAAUUUUUCAUUUCCAGUAUUGUAUUCUUCAUUUCUGAUUGGUUCUUUUUCAUAUCUUCCAUUUCUUUGUUGACAUUCUCACUGAGUUCAUCUGUUCUUCUCCCCAGAUCAGUGAGCAUCCUUAACACUCUUAGUUUGAACUCUCUGUCGGGUAGCUUGCUCAUUUCUGUUUCACUUAGUUCCUUUUCUGGGGUUUUGUCCUGUUCCCGUACUUGGAAUGUAUUCCUUUGCCUCCUCACUUUGCCUCUUUCCCUGUGCUUGUGUCUACGUAUUAGGUAGGUCAGCUACGUCUCCUGCUCUUGGAUAGGUGACCUUAUGUAAGUGACGCCUUAGGAGGCCUGUUGUGUGUUUCCCUCAGUUCUCAAUGUUCCAGGGGUGACCCCUAUGUGGGCUACGGGCACCCUUCUGUUGUGGUCUGUUUGCUCUCCCUAUAGGCGCCCAGGGAGGCCGAGUUAUGCUCCUGGCCAGCUGUUGUAAUGCUCAGCUGCUUGUAGUUGUUGUGGGCCCUUCAGUCUCUUUAUCAGGUGUGGGGAGCCCCAGCACAGUUGGCUGCAAGUUCUAAUACCACAUUUGUGCUGCAGUAUUUCUUUUAAGUGAGUAGGCCCCCAGCGUGGCAGGUUGUUAGGCUCAGGGCCUUACAAUUGCUAUAAGCUCUAGCCUUUAGGUCUCUUGUCAGCUCUCUGAGGAUUGCAGCUGGGUGGGGCUGGCCUCAGGCACAGGAGCACCCAAUUGUUUCAGGAUUUGGAAGGUGGGGCAAACCCCCUAUGUGGGUCUUUGAGAAGCACAAGUCUGCUGCAGCUGACAAGCCCUGCCCUGCAGUGGACAAGCUGACAGGUCCACACACACAGUCAACACAGUCCUGCCCCGUGUGUGCGCUCCGACCUCCCGAAGUGGACCCAGUCUCUCCACGGCGGGAGCCCCACACACUCCACCACCACCCCACACUCUCCACCCGCUCCUUGUGCAGGGCACCGCCCCACACUCUCCACCAGCUCCUUGUGCACGCCCUGCCCCACUGAAGUGGGCUCAGUUGCCAGGCUGCGGAGAAUCCAGUCACCAAAAUCUAUGCAGGCCCACAGGUUGCCUGAGGGCUUGUUGUUGGGUGGGGCCAGUCUCUAGGGUGGGCUGCCUGCCCUGGCUGAGCUGGAUGAAAUCGGUGCUCUAGCGGGUGGGGCAGACCUGGGCUAGCAGGCUCAGGGAGAACUCCAAUGGCAUCUGUGUCAGCACGCCCACACCAGGCCACAGCAAUGGCCGCCACCAAUGUCCCAGUCCCUGGAGAGGUCUCACCUCUCACCGAGAUGCACUCAGGGCCUAUCAAGUGAGUCUCUUUUCACCACAGUACUGUGCACCUUUCUUUCUGGUGAUUUUAGGUUGCUUUCUGAAACGGUUGAGUGCGCGUGGGCCCUUUAAGAGCUGGUUUUAAUUUCUUUGUGAACCAGCUUUUCUUGGGGUGCUCCCCAAUGUUUUAGUAGCAGGCAAAGUCAGACAGUAUGCCACUCGUCUCGAUUGUGCUGGAUCCACAAAAUGCCCACAGCAGGGGCGCUCCCGGCUCAGG